AUGCUUCAAUCCGAGAGAAAGCGCCCAGGUCCAGGAACACAAGAAAAUCAGUCGCAGCGGACCUGUGCAAAGACAGAUCAUGGCUGGAUUGAGAGAUUGCGUAUAUUUCAGCACUGGUAUCAACUACCGGUUGGUGACGGUGUAGUUUGUGCCUUGGUGGUUACACGACAUGGUAGACCGACCGUCAACGAGAAAUCCAGAUUCCUUGAUACGGGUGCAUCGCAAGCAAUUACCGUAGCGGGGACUAAUAUUUUGGUGCUUGCGCUUUGGUGGUGGAGUGCGGGUGCAGCCGCCGAUCUACGCACUAGAGUGGUGGGCCCGGAGACGGGUUACUACGGCGGUUGGCGAGCGGACAGAAGGGGACUGGGAAAGAUGGGAAAAAGGAGGAGACAGUCUGGGGAAAGGAGAGGGAAGCAUGGCUUCACGCUUAUGGACACAGAGGACGCAUUGGCGGCCGCUGUUGGCGGCGUGACGGCGCGAAGUGCAGGAAGGUCGGCGUCCAUUCCGCUUUCUUGGAAACGGAUUUCGAUGGCUGGCUGCUCGAAACAUCGAGGACCAGUGAAAGAAGCCUUGGCUUAUUACCAUUUUCGUUUCCUGUUUGAUCAAUAA